GUUUAUAAUAUUCAUGGUGAUACUGAUUGUGUUUUAAUAUUUAAACGAAAAAUAUUGUUUAAUGUUCUAUCAGUGACCGAGUAAGUGUUAUUUAACUGUUAAUCAACUAAUUUUUUUUUUUAAAUAUUUGAAUGAUAUUAUAUUAUUGAUAUAUUGUAUUGAGUAUAUUUUAUUCAAAGUUUAUACUUCUUUAUGAUAUAAUUUUAUACUUAAUUAAACUUCGGUAAAGUAGAAGUAAAAUUAUUAUGAUUUCAAUAAAAUUUAAUUUUAAUAAAAAUAACUAUACCCAAUAGUGCCGGAUAUUUUUGUGGAUUUUUGUCACCACUAUACACGUUGAAACACAAAGAUUUGCCACUUGAAAUAAUUUCUGUACUAUGAAAUAUUUUGUAUGCAUUUUUUAAAAAAAAAUAUUUAGUAUGCCUCUGCUACAAUUUAUAAAAAAAAACAAAUAUUUUUUUAGGCAGUGAUUUUAAAAUAAAAAAUUCAAAAUAGCCAUUUCGUAAAAUAGAUUUUAACAAAAUCAUUAAUAGUUGAAAUUUUUGUUUAUGUAUGAUUUUUAAUUUUUUUUAAAUUUUUUAUGGCAAAUGUGAAUAUUAUUAUGGUUUAUAAUCUAUUACUUAUAAUAUUUAAUCAGUAGUUUGAGCACAUCAAAUGACGAAGAUUUUCUUUUCUAUAAAUUAAUAUCACACAAUGAAGCCAAUGAAGGUGGGUAAAUUGCAUUACUGACUACUGGUUAAAUAUUAUAAUAAAAGCUUCAUAAAAUUAUAGGCAUUAUAACCCAUUACUUAUGUAGAUUUGAAACUCACCUUGCUCCCCUCCCUCAGAACUGUGAUACACCCACCACUGAUACCCAAAUAUUUGAAUCUGGGAAGUUUCGGUGCCGACGAUUUGGCGCUGACGGGAACGUUUCGGUGAAAUGUCAAUUCAACGAUACGACAAUGAUACGAUUUUUAUUUAUUUUUUAUCAUUUUGUAUACGUGUAUCAUAACAAUAAAUGUUUUAUUUUUGUCGGUUAAUAGUGAAAAAAAGUUUAAUUUAAUUCAAUAGCAUAUUAUAACUAGCUGUCACAUUGCUCGUGCCAAUUUUUCAAUUAUUUUUACCUUUAUUCCCGUUUUACUCAGUAAAAUUAAAUAGGGAAAAUAUAUGUAAAGUAGUGUAAGGUUAACAAACAAACACACAAACAAAUUGUAUUUUUUAUAUAUAAGAUAAAUACAACAGUUAUUUUAUAUCUUAUUAUUUCUAUACGUGUAUUAUUAUUACUAUACAUGUUUAUCAUGUCUAUAAGGCAUCUUAAUUAAAAUUUAAAUACUAUGUUCUAAUGGUAUAAUUAAGUAAAAUAUUUAAAAUAAAUAAAUAAGUCAAAAUAAUUAUAGUUAUUCAAUUUAAAGCAAUAUUAUUUGCUAUAUCUCUUAAAAAUAUAAUUUUAUUUUGCCUAUCUAAUUUGUCUACUAACUUUUUUAUUCUUUUGUCGGUGUCUUGAAAUUUCUUCAACUUCUUUGGAGGACUGUUUCCUGACACGAGAUUUUCAUAAUACGUGUCCUGUCCUGCUUUUUACUAUUAAUAGACAUAAAAAAACAUUCAUAGUGAUGAUACACGUAUACAAAAUAAUAAAAAAUAAAUAAAAAUCUUAUCAUUGCUGUAUCGUCGAAACGUCCAAUUCCCUAAAUAUUUGUAUACAAUUAGGAACUUAGGUACCAUAUUAGUUUCAGGUCAAAUAUCCAGCAUAGCUAGUUUGAAAAGAUUGAAAGAUGAAACUUAUUUUACUUUAUUAUUUUAUUAUAAAAUAAUAAUUAAAUAAAAACAUUAAUAUCUUUGUAAAACCAAUACAUUCAUUACUACACUAAAAAUCAAAAAAAUAGAUAUUAUAGGUUACGUUGGAUAAAGUAGGUAACAUCUUCAGAAUGAUUUCAUAAUUGUACCAUAUCUAAAAUGUGCUAUACUACCGUGCUCAAAUUGAUAAUUGAAAUCCUUGCAGUAUUCUUCGUAUUAUUUUAAUGAUAACGAUGUUAAUUAAAUUAAAUCCAUUAUUCUCAAUAUUCAGUAUCACAAUUUUUGAUAGGUGUGUUGGUAUGUGUAAUUAUGAAAUGACAUACCUCACAUUUUUUUUUUUUGGGGGGAGGUGGUUUCAACGUUAUUGUACUUACCUACCUGUUUUCAAGGACUGUAAAAUGAUAUGCAUGUUUACAGGAAGUGCACGUAUUUUCAGCACCGUUACUCUGUCGAACAUUUACAGGAUUAAAUUAUACUUAUAUGAUGAUAUCAAUAAUAAGAUUAACGACCAUAUUAGUUUUGAUGGUAAUGCCAUCAAUUACUGUAGAAGAUACAGUAGCACAAGACAGCUAUAACAAAACUGAUUGUGGCAAUUCAAAGAUGCCCUUCAACAAAUCAGUGAGUGUUUGUAAUGUACUAUGGAUAAUUAUUAUACUUAUAUCGAUAUACAUUUCUCUAAUACUUAGAGAAUAUUAGAGUCCUGAUUUUAAUGUUCAUACAUAUUGCGGCUGAGUAUAUGCAGUUUUAUGAAAGUAAAAAAAGUGAACAAAUUCGUCCACUUUUUUUUUUUUUGUAUAUUUAAAAAUAUUUAUACUAAAUAAAAUAUAGCAAAUUUUAGAAUAUUUUGUCAAUUUUGAGGGAUAAAAUACUCAUAAUUUAUUGUAUUUUUAAAUGAUUACAAUCAUUAUUAAUUUAAAUAUUAAAUUACCUGAACAUUUUUUUUAAAAUUGCAUUGGUAUCUACUACUUAUUAUAAAUUAUAUAAAUUAUUUUCGAAUUCAUAAGAAAUUAUAAGGAAAAUUUUAAAAUAUUAAUAUAAGAAUAAUAAAUAAUAAAUUUAAGAAAAUAUCAGACAGAUCAAACUUAUAUAAGGUGUUCCACGAAGAUAUACCCUUUGUAAUAUCUCCGCAGAUAAUAAAGAUAAUCAAAAUCUGUUUUUUUUUUUUUUAAUUAAUCAUAAGAAUAAAGGACUCAUAAUAUUUACAUUGCAAUAAUUAAUAUGUUAUGAUUUGAUAAAAAAGUUUAAAAAAUAACUUUAUUUUAUUAUUUUUGAAAAAUUUGAAAAUAAAAGAUCUUCUGAACAUUUUCACGUAUCAACUUUUUAAUUUCAUUAAAUUUGUGAUUUUGAAUAGUUUUAUAAAGUUCAAAGAAAAGAAAUAUACAAUUAAUUAGUAGUAAUAAUAAUAAUCAAUUAGCGAAUUUAUUCACAGCCUGCUACUUAAUUAUAGGUACUAUAAAACGGCUAUCUUCAAAUUUUUUAAAAAUAAUGAAAUCAAAUUAUUAUUUUUUUAUUUUAAUGUAUAAUUUGAUUAAUAUUUGAAAAAUUGAAACUAUAUUAUUUAUAGACUAUUAUGGAAGCUAAACCAUGGGGCUGUACACUAAGACUAUCUCCACAUGUUCAUCCUAGCCAGUAUGUUCUUUAUAUUAGCCUGAUUAUUAAAAAUAAUUCCUUUUCUGGAUAUGUUGAAAUUACAAUAACAUUGGAGACUCCUCAAAGCUUCAUAAAAUUGCAUUCUAAUAAUUUGGACAUCACGGAAACUACGUUAGAUUCAAAAUCAGUAACAGCAUUUUCGUAUCCAAAAUACCAAUUUUGGGUAGUGGUUCCUGAUAAUGAACUAUGCGCUGGCACCUAUAAAUUACGGAUACAAUUUAACGGUCAUUUAUCAAAUACAAUGAUGGGAUUUUAUCGAAGUGUAUAUACCAAUAUUGACUCUGAUGAACAAAGAUACAUUGCUACUACACAGUUUGAACCAACAUAUGCACGAUCUGCCUUUCCGUGUUUUGAUGAACCUUUGAUGAAAUCGAAAUUUAAAAUUAGCAUUACACGGCCGUCUGAUAACAAUUUUAUUGCAUUGUCAAACAUGAACCAAGAGGUUAUAAUUUUUAAUUUAAUUUUAAUUUCAUACCCCUGUGAUAUCAUUUUUUUGUAGUGCGAAGAGGUCAUAUCACCUACUAACGGAUUGACUGUUGUGCAUUUUGCAAACACUGUCCCAAUGUCUACAUACCUAAUAUGCUUUAUUGUAUGCGAUUUUCAAUCAAUUGAGCCAGUUAAAACAGAUCAGGGAUUCUCAAUAAGAGCAUUUGCCAGACGUGGUCAACAACAAAAUCUGAAGUAUGCCAGAUUUGUAGCUCUCAACUCAAUUAACUAUUAUGUAGAAUAUUUUGGAAUUAAAUACCCAUUACCAAAGUUAGGUAAAAUUUACUAUUACUAAUUGUACAUCUAAAAACAUAUUUAAAUCAUUAAAUUAAAAUUAUUUUUCUCGUGUUACCUUUGUUCUAAUAUUUUGAUGUGUGAUCUAUGUGAAUUAUAUGUAAUCUUUUUAGAUCUUAUCUCGAUUCCCGAUUUUGCUGAGGGUGCCAUGGAAAACUGGGGUCUUGUGACUUUCCGAGAAGAAGAUAUUGAAUAUGAUGAAUGUACUUCGUCUAGUUAUAACAAAGAACAAGUAGCGGUAACUGUUUCUCAUGAAUUAGCUCACAUGUGGUUUGGAGAUUUAGGUAAAUUAAUUGACUUAAAACAAAAUGUUAUCAAAAUAUAAUUAUUAAUAUUACUAGAUAAUACUUAUUAAUACUUGCGAAUAAUCAUCUAAAGUACUACUUAAUAUUAGUUUUAUAUUAAUUUUGUAUAUAAUAGGACCUUUGUUAUUGUAGUUUGAAUAAAUUUCAGUUACAAUGAAAUGGUGGAAUGACUUAUGGCUCAAUGAAGGGUUUGCUACUUACAUGGCAGUAAAAGCGCUUCAAGUCGUUCAGCCAGAUUGGGAUUAUGUUUGUUUUAUAUUCAUAUAAAUAAAUCUGGUUUAAUUUUGUUAACAAUGAAUAUAUUAUAAUGAUAUUCUGUUUAGGAUACAAUGUUGUUAAUAAAUAUACUUCAUGACGUAAUGGGCCUAGAUGAUAAAAUUAGUUCACAUCCUAUCGUACAAGAGGUCUCUGAUCCAGAUGAAAUAGAUUCAAUUUUCGAUUCAAUAUCAUAUAACAAAGUACGCUAAUAAUAAAGCAUAUUUAUUGAAAGUCAUUCUUUAUAUUUAUAUAAAUGAAUAUUUUUAUGUUUUAGGGUUCCUCUAUACUACGAAUGUUAGAAGAAACGUUGGGUAAAGAUGUAUUCAGAACUGGCAUAAUUUCAUAUUUAAAAAAACAUCAGUUUAAUAACGCACAAACAGAUGAUUUAUGGUAUGAAUUACAAAUAGCUUCUCAAAAUAUAGUGGAUGUCCGAAAGGUGAAAUUAUAUGACUCAUACUAUAACAUUAUCACUCUACUAUAAUAGUUGUACAUAAUAGUUAACCUAACGUUGUGUAGACAUGUUGUCCGUAUAAGGUUAGGUUAAUAAAAAUCAAUCAAUAGAAAAAUUAAAUUUUACAUUUCACCUAAUUUCUACUUCCAUCCAUUGCUGAAUUACAUGACGUUGUCUAGUUAUUUCUUCAUCAUAUUCCUCCAUAAAGCAAGGCUUGCUCUUCGGUUUAAUCUGUGAUUUGUACUACAUUCCAGGUUCCCUUAUUAAUUUUACCAGGAAAAGUAUCCACCAAAAUAUAAACCAAACUAAAUAAAAAUAUUUUUUUUUAAUUCUUUAAAACCGAAUACUCUAAAAUUAAAAAAAAAAAUUAAAAUUAUUAUUAGACUUUGACUACUUUAACGGAGAAUGUAUGAUGGUUUCCAGAGUGAAUUACUUUUGAAACGUCAUUCUUACGUAUAAAUUCUUUUCCCUACGAAGUCCACGCAUAUUUGAAAUCAUUACAUUUUUUUAAAGUCUCGCUUGUUUAAGUAACAUGUUUUUCUAGAGACUAGGUUCCCUCGUACAUAUCCCGGUGAAUCAGAGUUCAGACCCAGAAAUUUAGAGGGAAAAGACCUUUCAAUUUUACGAGCUUUUAAAAAGUUUGAUUUAUCGAUAUGUUUGACGAAUUUAACCAGUAACUUAGGAGUGUGGUGAUUCGGGUGCCAGGAUCUCAUUCUAUAGCAGUCAUUUAUCUUGAAAUCAACAACUUUAAGAAUUAGUUAAUUUCCUAUACUUUUAACUGUUUCUAUUAUAUUUUCAUUAGAGAUUUCCGGAACACCGUCGAUAGUAAUUUCAUUAGAGAUAAAUUUUUGCUCAAGGUUAACAAUUUAAGAUUUAAGUAGAAAAAUGGUAUUAGUUAAAGUGAUGUUUUCAGUUAUGGCUUUAUUUAGUUAGUCGUCUAAAUUGUUAAAAGUUUAAAACGUUGGUUAAUAUCACAAUUAUGGGAGGUCAAACUAUUAUUGACGGUACCGAGCAUUAUUUUUAUGUCCGAUAAAGUUAAAUUACCUUUCAAAGAUUUAGUGACUAAUUGAGUGCUGGACCUCUUUGGAUUGGAACAACCUUCGCAGUACCACUUGUUCACAUUCAAUGCAUAGAAAUCAACAUCAUCUUCAGUAAGAUUUAUGCACUUCGCGUGCCAGUAAUGUGAACACGCUGCACAAGAGAUAAAUAAAGAUAAUAAUAAAUAUUAUUUAUUUAUAUAAUAGAUAAAUAAUAUUGGUUAAACACUUGUUGUAGGCGGGCAUUGUUAUCGGUAUUUCGCCGAUUGUCGCACAAUAGACCAAAGUACAACCUUCUUAGGCGAGAGUUAGAUAAAGACUGAUUAUAAUUUAUAACUAUUUUAUUUGUUUUAUUUUAUAAAUAUUUUGCAUCAAAAUUUUCAUAUUUUUAUUAAUUAGGUGAUGGAUACAUGGACUCGUCAGACAGGGUUCCCAGUGGUAUCAGCAACGAGAGAUGGAACUAAAUUAACAUUGAAACAGCAUAGAUUUUUAACUGAUCCAAACGCUAUUUAUUCUGUGGAUUCGUCUCCAUUUAAAUACAAAUGGGAAAUACCGUUGACGUAUAUAACUUCAGAAAAUAGUGCAAUCGCACACAAAAUUUGGUUAUGUUCCAAUCAGGAUUCGGGUAUGUAUCAUUAUAGUUUAUUGUGUAAAAAACUAAGAUAAAAUAUUCAUAAAUAUAUUUAUUUCAUAGUGACAAUAGACAGAACUAAUAUAGAAUGGAUAAAAAUAAAUUAUAGACAAAUAGGAUAUUACAUUGUAAAUUAUUCAAAUGACGAUUGGUGUUUAUUAAGCAAUUUGUUAAAAAAGAAUAUUAAUGUAAGUAUUUACUAAUAUACAACUUAUAGAUAAUUCAAAAUUUGUGUGUACCUAAAAACAAUUAUUUAAAGGCACUCAGUGCUGCUGACCGUGCAAAUCUUCUAUAUGAUUCAUUCAGUUUAGCAGAAGCCACUUAUAUAUCGUAUGAAAUCCCAUUGACUAUGGCGAAAUAUUUAAUUUCUGAAUAUCAUUAUGUGCCAUGGAAUGUGGCCUUUAUAAAGCUGCAAACUUUAUGGUAUAAACUUGUUGAUCGACCUGUAGGUCCCCAAUAUAAGGUAAGAUUAGCCAAUAGGUAGUAGUGGUCUGCACGGGCCAACAAUUCCUGGCCCGGAAAAAUUGAAAAAUAAUCCGACCCGGCCAGAUAUUUUUGUGCGUAUAUAAAAGUCUGGCACAGUAUUUUAUUGCCGUGGAAAAACUCGGACCGUUUUAAACAUUUUUUUCAAAGCCCAGCAUGGCCUAGAUUUUUUGAUCGCUUAUGAAUGUUUAGCCCGGCCAAUAUUUUUUUUGUCAUUUUUAAGUAGCUGUACCACGUCAGUCCUUAUAUGAUUGGUGGUAUAUAAGGUUAAAGUAAGAUAGGUAAGUAUAUAAGGAUAAAUAUGUUUUUGUCAAAAAAGCAUGGUCCGUAAUAAAUUUAAAAUUUAAAAGUCCAUCCUGCAUGUUUCUGUUAACAUAAUUCCCAGGCAGGCAUGUAAUAAAUUUAAAAUUUAAAAACCCAUCCAGUCCGCAUGCAUAAAAAAAAGUUCGGCCCUUGCAGGUCUUCUUCAAUAUUUAGUUACUACUCUCUAUCGAUUGGGAUUAGAAUUUAUUGUUAAUUAAAAUUCAUUCAUUUAUUAAAGUGUUAUUUACAACAUUUAUUGAGGGGCGUAAAUGAAGAUUUAUGGAAUGAUUCAAUUAGUCGAACAUAUUUGGAGAGAAGAAAUCGGGAAUUAAUGAUUCACAUUGGAGGUUUAUGUGAUGUGCCCAUUUAUAAAAAAAAAAUUUAUGAAAUAUUCAAAAAAUUCUUAGACCAGAAAAUUCCGAUAAAUGUAGAUAUAAAAUAUUUUGUUUACUGCUAUGGUAAAUAUUUUGCAGACAAAAUAAUAUAGAACUAUAAGUAAUAUUUCAGCUAUUAAUUCAAUUAAUAUUUUUUUUUUAUUUACCAUAAAAACUGUAAUAUUAAUACAUUAUGCUCUCGUUUUAAUUUUAGCUAGCUGUUAAUUUUUGUUUUAUAGGAAUAGCCUCUGGUAACACUGACGAUUGGAAUAAAGUAUGGGAUUUAUAUUUAAAAGAGCAAGACCCUCACCUACGUCUUAAAUUUCUGGGAGCGUUGACAUAUACAAAAGAUUCAUCAUUAUUAUCAACGUAAUUUUUUAGCAUAAUUAUGUUUGAUAUUGACUAUAAAAUUAAUUGCUAAUAAUUUUAGAUUAAUACAAUAUUCGAAAAACGAAAAAUAUAUUCGUUCUCAAGAUUUUUUUAGCUUUCUAUAUGAUAUAUGUCAAAAUGUUUUGGGGCCUCCUUUAGUUUGGAACUUUAUCAGGUAUAUUAAAACACUCUUAUAAUAUAUUAUCAUACGAUAUAGUACAAUAUAAAUAAUAUAUAUAAUUAUCAUAGACUUGUUAAUAUAAUAUGUAUAAUAAUAAUUUUUUUUUUUUUUCAGGAAUGAAUGGGAGUACUUGGUAAAACGUUUCACGUUAGAUGAUGUAGGUCUUGGAAACAUUAUAGUCAAUACGUGUGCAUAUUUUCAAACACAAGAACGCCUUGAUGAGGUGACCGUUAUUUGAUUUAGUGGCGUGCACUUUCCGCCUGUGCGUUUUCCGCUCAACACCUUUUUCGUGCUAUUUCCGCCCAUUAUCGUAAUCUCAACCUGCUAAGAUUAUAUGAGGUGGACUAUUCGUUUAAAAUUUAAAAUUAUACAUACAUUUUAUAAAAUUCCCAAAUUAUUAUAGUUUUAAUUCUGAUUAUUAAACAAAUGAUAAAUAAUAGGUAUAGUUAUAAAUUAUAUUUUUCGUCAUUUUAUACGUACUGAUUUUCUAUCAUAACUAAUGCAUCGGAAUCAUCGUUGAAUAGUUUGUGGUUAGAGUACGUAUCAUCAAAAGAAAAAAAACGUAUACAUAUACUUUAGAUCAAAGUAUAAGGCAAAUACAAAUGACAUUUCCUAAAAAGUCAAAAUUUAAAAAAAAUGUUUAUUACCUUUAUCGUUUAAUCAAAAAUUUGAUUAGAUUAGGCAAUUAUAAAACAUGUGUAUAAUGUACUCGCAAAUGAUGUACAGAGUGCGGCAUAAUGGACUCCCACAUUUCCGAGGUGAAUUUAAAAAAAAUGAUACAAGAUAUGGAAAAAACAAUUUUAUUUAUAAAAACUACAUUAUAUAAAGUUUUUUUUUAAAUUAUUAUUUAAAAUUAAUAUCGUCCAAAUGAUGGCCUUAACGAGUGACGCACAUUUGAAGCCGUUUACGAAAAAUGUCCAUCACUCUCGCCAGCAUAUCGAGUGGAAUCCCAGAGAUUUCUUAACGGAAAACCUCCUUUAGUUCUUCAAUAGUUCUAGGUCGAUGUUUGAAAAUUUCAAUUUUGAGGUAUCCACAUAAUAAAUAGUCACAUGGGCUCAAAUCAGGGGAGCGAAGAGGCAAUGCGAUGUUUUCCCUUAAGGAGAUCAGGCGACCAGGAAACAUUUCUAGCAAAACAGCAUGAGAACGACGGGUCUUAUGAGAUGUGGCCCCAUCCUGUUAAAACCAAAAAGCAUCACUAUUUUCGUAAUUUUCAAUUUUUGGGAGUAAAAAGUUUUCCAACAUCUCGCAGUACCGAUUGGAAAUCACAGUAACUAUGACGCCCCCCUCUUCAAAAAAGUAAGGUCCCACGAUGCCUACCGUAGACAAAGCACACAAACUGUUACUUUGGGUCUAUGAAGAGGUCGUUGGUGUAUUGUUUGAGGGUUUUCAGCAGCCCAGUAACGAAAAUUUUGUUUGUUCACUAUGCCAGAAAUGUGGAAAUGCACUUCGUCGCUACUCCACACAAUACCAUUAGGAAGAACAGCUGUAAGAAUCACAUUACAGCAAUCUUUUCGUCUUCCCCAAUCAGCUGACUUCAUUCCUGAGUCUUGUAUGAGUGUAAUUUAAGAUCACAGUGCAAAAUUCGUCUUACCGUUUGAUCCGAUAUCCCGAAAGCAGAGGCAUGUUUUCGAGCAGAACGCAAUAGAAACUGCUCCAUCGAUGUUCUUAUUGCGGCAAUGUUCUCAGGUGUUCUCACAGACUUGAGACGUCCAACUGGUGUAUUAGGCAUUACAAAUCCCGUUGCUCUUAAAUUUUGUACCCAGUUAAAAAUUAUUUUCCGAUCAGGGACACUUUCGUUUGAAAUCAAUCCGAAACAAGUGCGAAAUGCUCUCUGUGUCGCAAUCACAGAUUCGGCGUUUUUGAAAUAUCCUUCGAUAAUAAAACCACGUUAUUCACCGGACCAUGGCAGGCAUAGUGACGACUAAAAACCUUGCUAAAUAAACCGCUUUUAUCUUAUCAAUUUGAUUACGCUCUAAUGAUUUUUGUAACAUGGGAGUUCAUUACACCGUACCCUGUAUUAAGUUUUAAUAACAAUUUAGCAAUUAUGUACUCGUAAUACAAUAUUUUAAUAAAUUAAAUGCACGUUAAUUUAUAAUUUUAAAUUUUCGAGCACAUAGUCCACCUUACAUAAUUUCAACAGGUAAACAUUAUACGUAGACGGGCGGAAAUAGCACGAAAAAAGUGUUGAACGAAAAACGCACUUGCGUAAAAUGCACGGCGCCAUUUCAUUUAAGACAUUUACCUAUGAUUGUGUGACUUGUUUAUAUUUUUUUUAGAUGAAGGCAUUUUACAAAAAAUAUCCAGAUGCUGGUGCUGGAAAAUUAGAUCGAACAACGGCAAUGGAAACGGUUGUAAAUAAUAUUAAAUGGUUAGAACACAAUGAAGCGUUCAUUACUAAUUGGAUGAAAAAUAAUAAUUAAUAAAUAUGAA